CCAUAGAAAGCCAUUUCUCUAACUUAACUCCUUUUAAAACUCACGGUUCCCAUCACUCCACUCUCUCCUCUCUUCUGUCUCUCUAAAAUAGCUCCGGCGAGAGUUCACCGUAACAACCCUUUAAGCCUUUUAACUUCAUGGAAGAAGAAGCUCAUGAAUUCUUUCACACAGCGGACCAUUUCUCCGUCGAUGACCUCUUGGUCGAUUUCCCUAACGAUGAAGACGAGGAGAACGAUCUCAUUGCUGAUUCCGACGGCGCCGACACAACCACCGCCGUAGCCGACAGCUCUAACUCCUCCUCCUUCUCCAACACCGGUUUUCCCACUUUCCACGGUGACGUUCAAGACGGAACCAGCUUCUCCGGCGACCUCUGCGUACCGAGUGAUGAGUUAGCUGAGCUAGAGUGGUUGUCGAACUUCGUGGAGGACUCGUUCUCGACCGAACAUGUUCAAAAGCUCCAGCUUAAACCCGGUUACAAGACCCGACCCGACUCAAAAUCCGAACCCGGCCGGAAAACCCUGAAAAGCAGCAGCCCGGUUUUCACCACUGACGUCUCUGUGCCGGCCAAAGCCAGGAGCAAACGCUCACGCGCGGCAGCAUGCAACUGGGCCUCACGAGAGCUUCCCAAGGAAGCCUUUUACGACAACCCGUUCACCGGAGAAACCAUUAUCUCCAGCCUCUACCUGUCUCCGCCGUCCUCGCCGACGCUCACGGCUCAACUCUGGAGAAAGCUAGCCGUCGACGCGUCCCGGCGGAAGAAAGAUUCCUCGACGGACUCCGGCGAAGAUGAGCGUCGGUGUCUCCACUGCGCCACCGACAAGACGCCGCAGUGGCGGACGGGUCCAAUGGGUCCGAAGACUCUGUGCAACGCUUGCGGCGUGAGGUACAAAUCGGGACGUCUUGUACCGGAGUACCGGCCGGUGGCGAGUCCGACGUUCGUGCUGUCAAAACAUUCCAAUUCUCAUCGGAAAGUUAUGCAGCUCCGGCGACAGAAGGAGAUGACCAAGUCCCACCAUGACCAUCAUGGUAAGGAUACUGCCAUGAUUCUCGACGUUUCAUCGGACGGUGAUGAUUACUUGAUCCACCAUAACGUUGUCUGAUUGAUCCCUUUAAUUUUUGUUUCCAAUAUGUUUUGAAAUUUGUUAGAAUAUUUUGUUGCUUUCU